ACUCCCCAGGCCGUGUUUCUACGAGAGCUCGUUUGAAACGAAGAUUCCCCUUUCUAUCGUUAUGUAAACCUAUUUUGUUUGACUUGAAGAUCUCUAAAGGAAAAGUUAUGUGAUUCCAAGCCGAUGACAUCUGGGUCGGUGUGACUGACCAAUGUAGUUCUGAGAUCGCCUAGAUGUCAGGAUUGUCUGUUGAUGUGUCGCUAUGCGAAGUCUGCAGUGUUUGCCGUUAAGGAUUUCUCUCACUAAAUGAAGGACAACGGCUUGAAAAGCUUAGAUGGCCAAGGCUAUGAUGAAAAACGUCACGAUGAAGCUCCCCCUAGAAGAUUGAAGUCAGUUGAUAUUGCAGAUUAUAAAUUCUUUGAAGAAGAACAACAGAGAACUACUCAACUUGUCUUUAGUUACAAAGGAGGGAAAAAGGUACCAAAGCUAAAAGAACCUAGAAACCUCUAUGCUCUUAGUGGUGACAAAAGCCAGCAGCCACCCAAAUGGCCAGCAGAAGUGAAGGUCCUGAAGACACGUCCAAGAUUUGUGGACUACGUCCCAAAUGAUCCAGAGCCAUUUUGGAAGACAGACAAGAGCACCUAUGAGCUCCCUUUGCGUGUACUGCCUGAAGAGACAGGCAGUGUGGUUUAUGAUAACCCUCAGGGAGCUGAAAAAUAUUUUAUGAAAUCAAGAAAUGGAGGAAAUGUUGCUGACAGGCCAUUUUACAGCAUCAAGUCCACAGAUGACCAUACUUUACUGUUUGAAUCAAGAUUUGAAUCUGGAAAUCUCAAAAGGGCAAUUAAAACUGGUGAUUAUGAGUACCAAUUAUGGAUGAGAACCGACCUGUAUACUUCAAAACACACCCAAUGGUUCUACUUCCGGGUGCGUAACACCCGGGCAGGUGCUACCUACAAGUUUACCAUCAUGAACUUCAUCAAGUCUGGCAGUUUGUAUAAUGAUGGUAUGAGGCCACUUGCUUACUCUGAAGUGAAUGCCAGUAAAAACAAGAUUGGAUGGCUACGGACAGGAAGCAAUGUCAAGUACUACAAAACUGAAAUAAGACGGGACGAUACCACUAAGGAUCGAUAUUACUAUGCCCUCACAUGGACUUGCCAGUUCCAAUACAGUAAUGACACAUGCUACUUCGCCCACUGCUACCCAUACACCUACUCCGACUUACAGGAGUAUCUUCAAGGCAUCAGGAAUGACCCGGUCAAAUCACGGAUAUGUAAGCAGCGGGUGCUGUGCCGAACUCUUGCCGGAAAUUUUGUGUACAUUCUGACUGUCACCAACCCUUCAAGACGACCUUCAGAUGCAGAGGCCAAAAGGGCUGUGGUGGUUACGGCACGUGUGCAUCCAGGGGAGACCAACUCAAGUUGGAUGAUGAAGGGACUUCUAGAUUUCCUCACCAGUAACUCCGCGGAUGCAAAGCUUCUCCGAGAUACAUUUAUAUUCAAGAUAGUCCCUAUGAUUAAUCCCGACGGAGUUAUCGUUGGGAACUACCGGUGUUCACUGGCGGGCCGGGAUCUCAAUAGGAACUACAAGACAAUGCUCAAGGACUCCUUCCCAUCUAUAUGGCACGUUCGCAAUAUGAUAAAGAGGUUACUUGAGGAGCGUGAGAUUACCGUCUACUGCGACUUUCACGGCCACAGCCGCAAGCAGAACGUGUUCAUGUAUGGAUGUGAGAACCGCUCAAACCCACUGAAGAGGCUGCGCGAGAGAGUCUUCCCUACAAUGAUGGCCAAGAAUGCGCCCUGCAAGUUCUCCUACAAAGGAUGCAAGUUCAAAGUACAGAAGAGCAAGGAGGGAACCGGUCGUGUUGUGAUGUGGCAGCUUGGGAUCCUCAAUAGCUUCACGAUGGAGGCUACGUUUUGCGGCUCGUCUCUUGGUAAACGUAACGGCUUCCAUUUCAACACUGUGGACCUGGAAGCGAUGGGCUACCACUUCUGUGACACUCUGCUUGACUUCUGUGAUCCGGAUGAUACUAAGUAUGUUGCUAUUCUGCUGGAGCUGGAAAGAACCCUGCGGGAAGAAAUCCUGGCAAAGAUGAAGAAGAAGGGGACAGCAGCACCGAACAUGUCCCUGUCUGACGUGGACAUUGAUGCCAACUAUACAUCCGACAUCGAGUCCAGCACUGGUGGCUCGGAUAGCUCCGUGUCAGAUGGUCUACCCAUGCAUCUGAUCUACGCGCCCAGCACUUCGCAAUUCAGUCAUCACUCUCGAAAAAAGAAGCUCAGAUCAAGGAAAGAAAGGAACAAGAGGCACGCUAAAGCAAUGAAGAUCAAGGAUGUAGUGAUAACUGACGUGCCCAAGAAUGAACCGGAGGCGCCCACGAAUCUAAAGCUGACUUACAAACAAGGAAAGCGCUCAAUGUUGAAUAGUGCUUCGCGCAUGCGCCUCGAAAACCCUCGGCCACGCAAGCACGAGCACCAUGAUGCACCGCGCACCUUCACACCAGUUCAUCUAUGCAAGGAGCAUGCAGACAGAGGGCCCGGCUAUUUAGAAGCCGUUACCAACUCGUACAUGCUCAAAGGCGUGCUUGUAAAUCAGUCCUGCUCGGAUGUACCUCAUUUUCGCUACACGGCUGGUAGUAAUUACCUUAACGAAAUGAUUAAAGACAAGAGGGACAGUUUAAGUCGGUGGUCUACACACUCCCAGACAGUUGACCCGAGCAUCGAGGAAGGGAAUUUCACGGUUGGGUAUCUUGCACGGCAGCUCUGUAAGAAUCAAGGUGAUUGCCAGAUCCCACACGAGUCGCGCAGUGAUAGCCGUCUCAGCUCGGGUGCCGCAGCAUUGGAUCUCGCCCGUAAGAUCACCAUGUACAAUAGCCGUUACAAGAUGGAGGCGAACGCGAAUCAGCAAGCCAGUGAUAGCCAAGCUCCGGUCCUCAAGCCUAGGAGCCCUCCAUGCUCUCCCCCGAACUACCCAUGGAGGCCUAGGGGUGCCUGCUUCUCUAGUACCAAGGUCCAUCUCCACCAGCCCAAAGUCUCAGAGAUCCGUAAGAGCAUGUCUCAGAUAUCGCUAACGGACGCCAAAUCCAUGAGCUCCUCUAGGGCCAACCUGGCCUCGACAUCCGGGACCUGGAUGGAUGCAAACGAGUAUACUCCAACAAGAGCGAAGAUUUCCAGACAGUCCAAAGAGGGGAGAGCCGUUCUGCACAGGGGAAGACCAGACGAACCAGGCAGCAUGAAGCGUAGCCAGACUAACUGGGAGGUCCGUACCGCCAAGGUGGAGGGCAUGUUCGACACGGAAGGGACCCCAAAGGUCAUGCAGAAGUACACCGGUGCCAGCACUCGUAACAAUGGCAAACCUACAGCGACACAGAGUGAUCUAACGGCUAAAGGCUUUGGUGAUUCCGUGACUUUCAAGCCAAGUAAAUCCUCUACAUCUCACGUGCAGCCGAUAAGUAUCGGAGCAGGUUAUGCACGCAGCUCUCCUGUCUAUGUGCCUCUGCCGGACAGAUUUUCGGACAGGACGUUGGCCGGUUAUAAUGUAUCUAGUGAAGUGAAUAACUUUCCUGAGCUAGACAACGAUGUUGAUGACUCGGUUGAACAACAAGGGAGGCUUGUAAGUUAUGCUCUGAAGCGACAACGAGAGGAAUCGAAUCGUGAUAAAAAGCCUGUAUACACAUGCAGUAGUGGUUCGGAAAGCGACGGGGAUCACUCCUCCGGACCGUUCAUCUCUCAAUUCUCCCAACUCAAGGAGAACUCCCCAAGGCGUGCUGUGAGCUUGGCUAGCAAGAUCAUCUCACCUGACUACGCUGAUAUCGGCUUUCCCGCCCAGCGAUUACAGCCCAACAAACGUGUCUCCAAGAAACACUUGUCCCCUUUUUCCGGCGUGGCUCAGACUGAAGAAGACGAGCAGAUCUCACUAACAGGGGAGGUGAAAAAGACUAGGCGAACACACAAACCAACGAUGCCAAUCAAGUCACCGUCACGCAAUCAUGAGACAGCCUCCACACCCGCCGCACCUGCCACCAUUUCAUUGACAUUCAAGGCAGAAGGGACUAUUCCGUACGAGUUAAGCCCCCCACCCCCUCCCCGGACGGGAGCGUUUGCACCGCAAUUCAAGCACUUCUACAAGCCAGCUCGAAGAUGACAUCUGAAAUACAUACCAGGGCUCAAGAUGACACAUGACAUACAUACCAGGGCUCAAGGUGACACAUGACAUAUAUACCAGUGCUCAUGGUGACACAUGACAUACAUACCAGUGCUCAAAAUGACACCCGACAUACAUACCAGUGCUCAAGAUGACAUCUGAAAUACAUACCAGGGCUCAAGAUGACAUCUGAAAUACAUACCAGGGCUCAAGAUGACACAUGACAUACAUACCAGUGCUCAAGGUGACACAUGACAUAUAUACCAGUGCUCAAGGUGACACAUGACAUACAUACCAGGGCUCAAGGUGACACAUGACAUACAUACCAGUGCUCAAAAUGACACCCGACAUACAUACCAGUGCUCAAAAUGACAUCUGACAUACAUACCAGUGCUCAAAAUGACAUCUGACAUACAUACCAGUGCUCAAGAUGACACAUGACAUACAUACCAGUGCUCAAGGUGACACAUGACAUACAUACCAGGGCUCAAGGUGGCAUCUGACA